AAGGAAAGGAGGGAAAGAAGAAAGGGUGAAUGGAGAGAGAGAAAGAGAGAGGGAGAGAGAGGCCUUGGCUUCGCCCAGCAGGGGGCACCCUGGGCCUGCCUUGGGGCUCAGCCCCCUUCCUUCCCUUCUUCCCCCCUUCUCCUCCUCCUCCUUCUUCUCCUCCUCCUCCUCCUUCCUUCCCUCCUUUUUUUCUCCCUCCUUUAAAAAGCCCCGCGGAUCCAGGAGGAGAAGAAGAAGCAGAGGAAGAGAAAGGAAAGGAAGAAGGAGGAGAGGAAGGGGCCAAGAGGAAGAAGAAGAAGAAGAAAGAGAAACACCUGGUUUUGGGUUGGAGUGGUGCCCCUUCCGCACUCCUAGGAAUCACCAUGAAACUCUUGCAUUUUCCCUUGCUGAUGGGAUUGGCCCUCGCUCUCGUUCCUGAGAAGGAGAAGGACCCCAAGUACUGGCGGCGCCAAGCCCAGGAGACCCUCCAGGCAGCCUUGCGCUUGCAGGAACUCAACACCAACGUGGCCAAGAACGUCAUCCUCUUCCUCGGUGAUGGGAUGGGGGUCUCGACGGUGACGGCCUCGCGCAUCCUCAAGGGCCAGCUCCAGAACCAGAGCGGGGAGGAGUCCAUCUUGGAAAUGGACCGGUUCCCUUUCGUGGCUCUUUCCAAGACCUACAACACGAAUGCGCAGGUGCCGGACAGUGCGGGGACGGCCACGGCCUACUUGUGCGGGGUCAAGGCCAACGAGGGCACCGUUGGGGUCAGCGCCGCCGUCACCCGUGCCCAAUGCAACACCACCGCCGGGAACCACGUCACCUCCAUCCUGCGCUGGGCCAAGGAUGCCGGCAAGUCGGUGGGCAUCGUGACCACCACGAGGGUCAACCAUGCCACCCCCAGCGCGGCCUACGCCCACUCGGCCGACCGGGAGUGGUACUCGGACGGGGAGAUGCCCCCGGAGGCCCUCCAGCAGGGCUGCAAGGACAUCGCCCGCCAGCUCGUCGAGAACGUCCCCGACAUCGAGGUGAUCAUGGGAGGCGGGCGCAAGUACAUGUUCCCCAAGAACGCCAGCGACGUGGAAUACCCGGAGGAGGACAAAUACCGGGGGACGCGCCUGGACGGCAGGAACCUCGUCGAGGAAUGGAGGAGGAAGAAGCCCAGCGAGAAGAAGGCCCAUUACGUCUGGAACCUGGCUGAGCUCAUGAAACUGGACCCCAGCCGAGUGGACUAUCUCUUGGGCCUCUUUGAGCCCAUCGACCUGAUGUACGAACUCAACCGGAACAAGGAGACGGACCCUUCUCUGACCGAGAUGGUGGACGUGGCCCUCAAAGUUCUCCAGAAGAACCCCCGGGGAUUCUUCUUGCUGGUGGAAGGCGGGCGCAUUGACCACGGCCACCAUGAGGGCAAGGCCAAGCAGGCCCUGCACGAAGCCGUGGAGAUGGACCGGGCCAUUGGCUUGGCCGACCGCAUGACCUCCACCCAGGACACCCUGACCGUGGUGACCGCUGAUCACUCCCACGUCUUCACCUUUGGGGGAUACACUCCCCGUGGAAACACCAUCUUUGGCCUGGCCCCGAAGGACAGCGACGUGGACAAGAAGCCCUUCACCUCUAUCCUCUACGGCAACGGACCCGGGUUUCGCAUCGUGGACGGAGAGAGGGAGAACGUCUCCGCCACUAAUUUCACCGAUGCCAACUACCAGGCCCAGUCGGCGGUCCCCUUGCGCAUGGAGACGCACGGCGGGGAGGACGUGGCCAUCUUUGCCAAGGGCCCCAUGGCGCACCUGCUGCACGGCGUCCAUGAGCAGAACUACAUCCCGCACGUCAUGGCCUUUGCCGCCUGCAUCGGGGAGAACAGGGACCACUGCCGGUCGGGGGCCCCUCCGCGCGGCCCCUGGGGGACCCUGCAUGCCUCCGCUCUGGCCCUUCUCCUGGCUCGCGGCCUCUUCUGACGGCGCAGCUGCCCGGGCACAAACGGGGGGCCGGUUGGGAGCUGGUCCGCUUUCCAAAAAGACCUGAACCUCGGUUCCCCUUCUGCUCCAAAACUUGUAACUGACCCCAACCAACUCCACCGGCCUCUUUGCCAAAGGCGAGGCCGUUUGCCCAAACAACAGCUGGAAGCACCUGUUGCCGGGAUGGAAAGCUGGCCUUCGGGCAUUCCAGGAUCCGUGCCAAGCCAAACUUUGGAUGCUUGGGGAUGUUUCCCCCGAUAAGAGCAGGUUUGGCUCCGCUCUGCAGGGAUGGCGCUGGAACGUUUCUCCCCCGACGCUUCCCGAUGAUGGGACACUCCGGCUUGUGGUCUCCAAACAACGGAAGCAAAGAAGAUGGAUGGGCGCGCGGGUGGUCUCCCUCUCUUCCUUCUCCUGGUUGCGUUUCGCAGGCCAAGAACUCAUUUGUGUACAAAAGAACCCAACUCUGCCACUUAUUGAUCUCCUUAGAAAUAUCAGCCUUAAUUCAUGCACUCAGGAAGGAAAGAAGGAAGGAACUAAAGAAGGAAGAGGGGAGGAGAGCAGGCUGGAA